UGUGAUGCAAUCAGCUGUAAGCAUAUCUACACAACUUCCCACUACAAGUUAGGCUUUUCGGUUGGGACAUUAUUUACACCCUAAAAAGAUACUUCGGUUUACCGUAUGUCGCUUUGUACUCUCUUUUUAUCCGUGUCGGUUUUUGCUCACUCUUCCUCGGUUGCUAACAGUAGCAACGCCAUAACGACACUCUUCCUAAAUGGAUUUGAUGUGAUUUCGCCACCUGUACCUUGUUGGUUUUUUUGAGUGGAUCUGUGUUUUUUUUUUUUUUUUUAAUGGCCACCGCUGCCCCAACUCCGGCCUCUGGCUCAACAGCGGCCACUGAAAACACAAGUCCCGGAUCCAGUAGCUCGACUGCGGCCGACAGCGGCAACCAGGACAGCACCUUUGAGUGUAACAUAUGUCUGGACACCGCUAAGGACGCAGUGAUCAGCCUGUGUGGACACCUCUUCUGUUGGCCUUGCUUGCAUCAGUGGUUGGAGACCAGACCCAACAGACAAGUGUGUCCGGUGUGUAAAGCUGGCAUCAGCAGAGACAAAGUUAUUCCCUUAUAUGGACGGGGAAGCACAGGUCAACAGGACCCCAGAGAAAGAACGCCCCCUCGACCACAAGGACAGAGGCCUGAGCCAGAAAACCGUGGUGGCUUUCAAGGAUUUGGCUUUGGAGAUGGGGGUUUUCAGAUGUCAUUCGGAAUCGGUGCCUUUCCAUUUGGUAUUUUUGCAACAGCCUUUAACAUCAAUGAUGGAAGACCUCCUCCAGCGGCCCCCGGGACACCGCAGCACAUGGAUGAACAGUUCCUGUCUCGACUCUUCCUAUUCGUCGCUCUGGUGAUUAUGUUUUGGCUCCUGAUUGCGUAGAUGCACGAAGAGACAACAUCUCAAGUAAACCCAAAAGAUUUGACAGAGACAUGAUGGCACGUUGUCACAAAUCAAACCUGCAAUAAUUUUGCCUCCAUACGUUAGGUUCCAUAAUGAGCUUUGAACGAGUUGGUUAUUCUAAAAAUAAAGAUAUCCAUGCGAAUCUUACAAUGGCAACUUUAAAGGUGAGCCAAGUUUGGUCACCUUUAUGUUUGGACUCAUGAACAUGGUUAUGUGAUGUGCUUACGGAGCAGCACACAUAAAUUCUUCCUUAUAUUUCCUUCAUCCAAACUUUAUCAUCAGGUAACGGCUUCAAACCUGAUACAGGCUUACCCUCAAACAUCUCCAUGCGGGAAAGGUGAUUCUCGGUGCUCUUUCAUUUUACGUUGCAUUUUUAAUCAGUUUCUUUUGAGCAUAGUAUUGUUAGUACUACUGUACCGAAAGACAAAUCAUUGCUCAUUUACUUUGAUUUUCAUGCACAUGUCCACUCUGAUCUACCUUCACCUUCAGCUUUAUUUGGAAAGUUAACAGAGGCCCUACUAUUAUAUGACUGUAUAUGUAAAAUUAUACUGUUAUACUGACAUUGGCCCAACAGUUUUGAUACUUUGCCCAUUAAAUUCUCAACCUUACUUGUUGUACCCAAGCCCAACUUAACAGUUUUUUCAUAGCAGACAUUCGACUUUUCAUUGGAGAAAAAAGCACAGGUGUUACUAAUCAGAUUAACGAUGGCCGUGUUGUACUAAAGAGUCCCUGAACUCUGAAACUAAAGCAGCUAAAUGCAAUUCAGACAUCGUUAAUUGUAUUUUUACAACUGUGCCUUUUUCUAUUGUGACAUGUAAUUAUUAUUUUUAUUAUUAUUGGAGUCUUACUGAGUUAUACACUGAAUACAAAGCAUGUAUGCUUUCCCCAUGUUCUCUCUCUCUGUUCACUAAUCCCACUAAGAAUGUUUUAUUGUUUAUAUCGACCUCUACUUGAUCUUAUUAAUUCACACAUCUCAUUGGAAAAAUUUACCAAAAUUAUACACAUGCUUUGUUGAAUCAAAACCAUGUCAGACAUUGUCUCUAUUUUUUUUUUUUUCUUUAGAUGAUAUUAAAAAGAAAACAUGUUGACGCAUGCAAACAGCUGAAAGAUUAAUUUAUCUAACAGUGUUCUUCUCCAAAUGGUUUUAUUUUUGGUCAGUUUGCUGUAUGGUACUGUAAUUAAAUGUAAAAUAGUGUAAAAUGUUACAGAAUUAGAUUUGUUGGUUGAGCAUAAAACCACUUUUCUAAAUGUGAAUUCACUAUUGACAGUAAAGUUUAUGUAAAUAAAGACGUUAAUCAUA